AAACCUGCUAUUUGGAAUUUCACUACAAAAAAAGAUUUUACUAUAUAUUCUGAAAAAGUGAAUGUAUUACUUCGUUUUAAUCCUGAUGCUUUACCUCAUUUUCUUAAAGAUUUUGAUGAAACAAUUAAAACAAUAAAACACGAAUUAUCAACUUUCCUUCCAGUGAAUUUUGAUCGUCUAUCAGCUUCAAAAUGGUAUUUUGAUAAUGGAAAUGAACAUUCUUAUAUACUUCUCCCAAUACAAAUUUCUCCUGGAAAUCCUUCAUCAUUACGUUUAGUAUCUGAUUUAAAUGAUUUAGUAACAAAUUCACAAUAUACAAAUUUGAAAAAUGGUUCUAUGACGAAAUAUCUUGAUAGUAAAUAUGGUGCUCCUAUCAAAGAGAAUUUUUUUGUACAAAAUAUGCUUUUGUUAAUAUUAGUUGGAUGUUUCGUUAUAAUUGUUGGAAUAUUAUAUAUUUUUGCAAAUAUACGUGAUGGAAAAGCAAGAAACAUUGCUGUACCACAAUUCGCUUUAAUAUUAUCGGAUUUUUCUUUAGAUUUAUUAUUCAUUGUAACACAUUCAAAAGAUAUUCCAUUUUUAUUCAUUCCUUCAUUAAUCUUUUCAAUAUUUCCAUGUACUUUUAAUUUAUUUUGGUCUAUUUAUAUAGUAAUAAUCGAAGCGAUGCAUAAUGAGAAAUUUUUACUUUGGUUUAAAUUAAAUAAUGCUAUAGCUUCAACUUUUACGGUAUUAGCUUCAACUGAAGUUGAAGUUCUUAGUAUAUUAAAUUCGAGAGCUGGUGGUUUUAAAGUAUUACAAGCUCCAUGGAGCAAUUGGGCCGAUCGUAUGAUUUUUAUGGGAAGUGCUAUUGGCUUUGUUAUAGAAGAUGUACCUCAAUUCAUCAUCCAAGUUAUAUAUAAAUUAAAUACUGCAUCAUAUUCAAUAAUUCCAUUUUUAACAUUAGUCACUUCUUCAUUGGUAAUUUUUCACGCUAUAGUCGGAAAGGUAUAUCUUGGUAUUGUUCAUUGGAAACAUAAUCAUAAACCUAGUAUUGGACCUACAGAACAACACGAAACGACGCAUGAUGAUGAUAAAUUUAAAGUCAAUAUUCCACUUAAAGGCAAAAAUAAAAGUAUGCGUGCUCAAAUCGUUGAAAGUGAUGUGAAAAGCAUUAGUGGCGAAUUUGGUUAUAUUUAAGGAAGCAAAGAAUAGAUAUGAUGAAUUUGUUGAUAUUCUUUACAGAUAUUUAUUACAAUAACAAUAGAAAUAGAAAUAAUGAAAUAUUUAGAAAGUAUAGAAUAUAAUAACUAAUCAUAUAUAUAUAUACUUAUAUAUUAUUUAUUGCAAAUAUAAAGUAUAAUAAAUAAAAUAAAAUUUUUUUUUUUUU